AUGCAGGAUUUCCUUUGGAGAAACCACAGCUCUCUUACUGAGUUCAUUCUUCUAGGAUUCUCUAGUGAUGAAAAGAUAAAUGUUAUUCUAUUCAAUGUCUUUCUUUUCCUCUACCUCAUCACCCUUCUAGGUAAUGGGCUCAUUAUCACUUUGAUACGCAUGGAUUCCCGCCUCCACACACCCAUGUACUUUUUCCUCAGUGUCUUAUCCAUUCUGGAUAUGGGCUAUGUCACCACCACGGUGCCCCAGAUGCUCAUUCACCUGCUCUGCAGCAGGAAGACCAUCUCCUAUAUUGGAUGUGUAGCCCAAAUGUACAUCUUCCUGAUGUUGGGAAUCACCGAGUCUUGGCUUUUUGCAAUCAUGGCUUAUGAUAGGUAUGUGGCCAUUUGCCAUCCUCUCAGGUAUAAAGUCAUCAUGAGCCCUUUGCUGUGUGGAUCGCUGGUGGCCUUCUGUGGAUUCUGGGGCAUCAGCUGUGCCCUCAUAUAUACAGUCUCUGCUAUGAUUCUUCCUUAUUGUGGCCCCAAUGAGAUCAACCACUUCUUCUGUGAAGUACCAGCCGUCUUGAAGUUGGCCUGUGCAGACACCUCUCUCAACGACCAAGUGGAUUUCAUUCUAGGCUUCAUCCUUCUUUUGGUGCCCCUCUCCCUCAUCAUCAUUGUCUACAUCAAUAUCUUUGCUGCCAUCUUGAGGAUCCGUUCAACCCAAGGGCGGCUCAAGGCCUUCUCUACCUGUGCUUCCCACAUCACUGUGGUCACCAUGUUCUCAAUCCCUUGUAUGGUGAUGUAUAUGAGACCUGGCUCUGAGUCCUCCCCAGAAGAGGACAAGAAGCUGGCUUUAUUCUACAAUGUCAUCUCUGCUUUCCUGAACCCUAUCAUCUACAGCCUCCGGAACAAAGAUGUUAAGAGGGCUUUCCUCAAAGUGAUAGGCUCAAGCCAAGGAUCAUAA